UAUAUAAACUUUAAGAAGUAUUUGAGUGUAACAAAUUCAUAAAUGUCUUCUCUAUCCUUUGCUGGUCGUGUUGCUGUGAUAACUGGUGCUGGAGGUGGGCUUGGUAGAGAAUAUGCCUUAGAGUUUGCUAAACGUGGCGCACAAGUUGUUGUUAAUGACCUAGGUGGUAGUUUUAAAGGUGAAGGUAGUAGCACAUUAUUGGCAGAUCAAGUAGUUAAAGAAAUUAUUAAUGCUGGAGGAAAGGCUGUAGCAAACUAUGAUUCAGUUGACAAUGGUGAACAAAUAAUUAAAACUGCAAUUCAAGAGUUUGGUAAAGUUGAUAUUCUAAUUAAUAAUGCUGGAAUUUUGAGAGAUCGAUCAUUUUCAAAGAUGUCUGAUAAAGAUUGGGAACAGAUCUUUAAAGUUCAUGUUGAUGGUGCAUUUAAAUGCACACAAGCUGUGUGGCCUUAUAUGCAAAAGCAAAAAUUUGGUCGAAUUAUUAUGACCAGUUCUCCAGCUGGUUUGUAUGGCAACUUUGGUCAGGCAAAUUAUUCUGCUGCAAAAGCUGCAUUAAUUGGACUUAUGAAUACUUUAAGUAUUGAAGGUAAAAAAGCAAAUAUAAAUGUUAACGUUAUUGCUCCACUUGCAGAAACACGAAUGACUGCAGAUAUCCUUCCUGGUGCUGGACUUCUGCCAGAGCAUGUUGCUCCAUUUGUAGUAUUUAUGUGUCAUGAAUCUUGCGUUGAUACUGGGAUUAUCUUGGAAGCUGCAGGUGGUUUUGCUUGUAAAACUCGACUUCAGCGUUCUCAAGGUAUACAACUUAGAAAGUAUAUUGGUGACAAGCCAACUGUUGAAUGUGUUCAAAAAAAUUGGACAAAGAUAAGUGAUUUUAGCUUGUCAUGUAAUCCAAGAUCUGUACAAGAAGCUUCAAAUAAAAUUAUGGAAUCUAUAGGAGAUUUACCAUCAGAGCCUCUGUCUACUUCAGCAAGUUUGCUAGAAAAAGUCAGGUCGUAUAAGUUUCCAAGUAUAACUGUUAUCUAUGACCAAAAUGAUAUAAUUAAAUAUGCUUUAAGUGUUGGAUCUAGUUUACCUGAUGAUAGUCAGUUUCUAUAUGAAGGUCAUGCAAAUUUCAGCGCUAUUCCUACAUUUGCUGCCAUCCUGUCACAGAAAGCUGUUUUUAGUGAACUAGCUGAGGGAAAUAUUCCAGGAAUGGACAUGAUUGAUCUAUCCAAGGUUUUACAUGGUGAACAAUUUAUAGAGAUAUUUAAGCCAAUCCCGACAUCUGGUCAGUUUACAGUGAAAGGACAAAUUAGGGAUAUUCUUGAUAAACAUAAGUUUUGUCAGUUUAUUAUAGAUGUUAAUGUAUUUGAUGCCAAAAAUGAAUUAGUUUGUAUGUCACAAUUUGUCUUGUUGUUUAUUGGCAGCAAAGGAAUAGGUCACAGAGGAAAAUAUGAUGGACAGAAACCUACACUAUUUCCACCAAAACGUAAACCUGACCACGUUGUUGAAGAAGUAACAAGUAUUAAUCAAGCUGCACUUUAUCGUCUGAAUGGUGAUUUUAAUCCACUUCAUAUCGAUCCACAAAUAUCGUCAAUGUUAGGUUUUGAAAAGCCAUUGCUUCACGGUCUAUGCACCUACGGUUACGCUUUACGCCAUGUUUUGAAAGCUUAUGCUAAUAAUGAUGCUUCUUUUUUCAAGUCAAUCAAAGCUCAAUUUUCAAAACCUGUUAUACCUGGUCAAACUAUUAUGACAGAAAUGUGGCACGAGGCAAAUCGUGUUUAUUACCAAGUAAAAGUGAAAGAAACUGGUGAUGUUGUUAUUAAAGGCGGAUAUGUUGACUUUCAUAAGGAACUCAAGAGCCAGAGUAGCGUUUCAGCAAGUGCACAUAGUUAUGGGAUAGAUAGUUCACUUCAGUCUUCACACGCUAUGAAAAAGAUUGAAGACAGCUUAAAAACUGCAGACGAGGCUGUUUUAAAACAAAUUAAUGGAUCGUUUUUAUUUCAAAUCACAAAAGAAAACAAAUUGGCUGGUGAAUGGCUUUUGAACUUUAAUCAAUUUCCUGUCACUGUUACAUAUGGUGUUCCCAUCACAAAGCCCGAUGUUACCAUUACAAUUAAUGAUGACGACUUUGUUCUCAUAGCCACUGGGAAACUAAAUCCAAUGCAAGCGUUUUCACAAGGAAAACUCAAAGCCUUUGGAAAAGUAAUUUUAGCUUUGAAGUUAGGCGAUAUAUUUAAAUCUGUUUCAUCAAAACUCUAAGAAAAUUACUUAAAUGUCCUUUUAUACGAAUGUGUAUAUCAGUUUCAGUGUCCUAAUUUCAAUGUUAAAAACAUUUUAUAGAAUGUUUAACGGAUUAUAAGAUAUUUAAAUCUAGGAUUGGAUUAGAAA